AUACAUUAUUAAUAUACUGUGCCAUAAAUUAAAAGAUACUUUUUAUCAACCUUUUUUUAUUUUGGAAAUUUUCCAGGUAUCUUCUCUUUGAUUGGGUUGGUUAUGUGGUUAUGGGUUGGUUAUGCUGGAUACUGUCAUUGUCAUUUAAAUGUCUUGAUUUUCAUUUUUCAAUAACGUCAAAAGUGAGGUUAAGUUACAUCACUAAUUUCAGAUUUUUAAAAAGAAAAUACAAAUUUGAGAUGGCUUCACAAGCUAUCAGACGAAGUGUUAAAGAAGUUAAACCUAUUCUUUCUUUAGACCGUGAAGAAGCACGGAAAAGAGUCUUAAACUUAUAUAAAGCCUGGUACAGACAGCUCCCUUACAUUGUUCAGAAUUAUGAUAUUCCAAAAAAUGUUGAGCAAUGUCGAGAAAAGCUAAGGCAGGAAUUUACCAAGUUUGAUGACAUUAAAGACAUUAGGCUGAUUGAUAUGUUAGUUAUCAAGGGCCAAAUGGAGCUUAAAGAAGUUGUGAAUAUUUGGAAGCAAAAGGGUCACAUUAUGUCUUACUUCAAGGAUACCAUAGAACCAAAACCCAAAGAUUUCUUGGGAAAAUUCUUGAACGGCAAAGAUUAGAGUUAAUAUGAUUGUUUUUAAGUGUAGUUUGUGUAAAUAAUAUAAAUAAAUGAUUAAAAAUGUA